UUGAUAGGGAGCCGCUGCGUUGUUGCUGUGCGCACUCGGAUGUGAGCGGAAUCUCGUGAAAUCGCAACUUUUUGGUUGCAAUUUUCUUAUUCAAAGACCGCGAAAGUUUUGUGUGGUUGUCUGGAGAAGUCGGAAGGAAUUCAUUGUGCACAUAUUUGAAAAUUUCAUUUGAACGACUGAGUGCCAUUUAGGACAACUCUUGUGCACAGAAGUCAGAAUGUCAAAUAUUUCUGUGAAUGACCAUCUUGAGGGGAUAUUGUCUGACUUUGAGGCGCUGAAGCGAUCCUUUGAUAUUGACGAUGUGGACGACAUCCCGGCCUUCUCCCCAGCGUCUCCUGUCACCUCCCCCAUAAGCCCCACCUCCAUUCUCAACAAGACCAAUGAGAGCCGGAGUCCGUCCAAUCACAUGUCCUCGGCCUACCGCUCCCGGAUCAGCGCGAGUCCCGCCCAGAGCCCCGUGCAGAAGACCAGGAUGGUCUCCAGUCUGUCCUUCAACCGGGGCACCAUGGGCAAGCCCAACAUCCACGCCGGCACCGGCAUCAACCGGGCCGCGUCCUUCCAGAACAAGUUCAGCCCCAACGGCUUCAACUCGUCGUCGGGCCCCGGCAGCGACAACGACAGCCUGCACAGCUCCUCCUCCAGCCUGGAGUACCAGGCGUCGUCCAAGCUGAGCUCCUACGCCACCAGCCCGCCGCAGAGCCCCAUGUCCGGGGUCGGCGAGUACAACAAGGCCCCCUGCAUGACCAGCCCCGUCCUGAAGAAGUUCUCCUCGCACGGGAACGUGUUCCACUCGGAGCUGGAGAACCCUCUGGUCAUCCCCACCGAGCCCAUGGGCAUCACCCACGGCUCCAUGCCCUCUCUGGAUCUCCAGAUCGGCGGCGAGAGCGGCGGCAUGGGCGGCGGGAUGAGGCGUGUGGUCUCGCCCGGCUCCCGCUUCGCCAACGCCGGCGUGCCCUGGAACAACGUGCCGCACCGCGGCAUGCAGAACGCCGGCCCGUACGGCAAGGAGCCCCCGUACUCGCCCCCCUACUCGCCCCCCAACCACCAGCCGCAGCAGUCCCCCAAGCCCAAGGAGCGCGCCAAGCUCAACAAGUUCCCCCUGGAUCUGGACAGCCUGGUGGCCAAUAAGCCCCAGGCGGCGGAGGCGGCCGGCACCCCCCCGAAACCCCCUCCGAGGUUCUUGCCCCGCUCCAUCAGCCCGUCCAUGUCCACCAGCCCCUCGGCCUCCAUCAGCAGCCUGGACAGCACCGACCUGACCCUCGUCCACCACCACAACAACAACAACAACGUGGACAAGAGGGAGCCGGCGUGCUCGUCCUCCCCGCCGGGCGCCAUGCCCGUGCCCAUGCCCGUGCCCUGCGUCAGCCCGUCUCCCGUGCCCCUCUCUCCGGCCCAGACCCCGCAGCUCAACCUGGCCUCCAAGCCGCAAGUCGUCCAGCUCUCCCCGGUCAGCAGCCCGCCGCCGCCGCAGCUGCCGCCGUCGUUCGCGGUCCCGGACCACCACGGCGCUAACGAGGCCGACCUCGACGCCAGCCAGGCCAAGGAGAGCGUUGGCUCGAUACUCCAGAGGAUUGCCUCCUUCUCCCGGGUGGAUGCCAAGGUGCCAGCCCAAAGCCCCGUCCUUCCUUUCAGCAAUGGCAUUAAGAGGGAGUCGCCAGCCUUGCAACGGCAGGAGCAUGCCAGGGAGGAAGACACGGCCCAGGAGCUUCAGCUGGAGCUGGAAGCACCCGCUCAGAUGGAGGAGAGGGAGAGGGAGGUGGAGAGGGAGGUGGAAAGGGAGGUGGAGAGGGAGGUGGAGGACUACAACAGGGGAGAGGAGGAGAUGGAGCAGGAGCAGCAACAGCAGCAGCAGCAGCAGCAGCCUCCACUCGGCCUGAGCGAGAGUGGCCUCCCGGGCAUCAUCAAGGGCAAAGACCUGUUCGGCUACGUGGGCAUCGAGGCCGUGCUGGACCAGAUGAGGCGCAAGACCAUGAAGGCCGGCUUCGAGUUUAACAUCAUGGUCGUCGGUCAGAGCGGCCUGGGCAAGUCCACGCUGGUGAACACGCUGUUCAAGUCCAAGGUCAGCAGGAAAUCCUGCACCCCCAAUUACGAGGAGAAGAUCUCCAAGACGGUGCACCUGCAGUCUGUCAGCCACCUCAUCGAAGAGAAAGGCGUCAAGAUGAAGCUGACGGUGAUUGAUACUCCGGGCUUUGGAGACCAAAUCAACAAUGACAACUGCUGGGAGCCCAUCGUGAGUUACGUGAACGAGCAGUACGAGAAGUACCUCCAGGAGGAGCUCCAUGUCAACAGGAAGAGGCGGAUCCCCGACAGCCGCGUGCACUGCUGCGUCUACUUCCUGCCUGCCACUGGGCACCGGUUACGGUCCAUCGAUAUCGAGUUCAUGAAGAGGCUUGGGAAGAUUGUGAGCAUCGUACCAGUCAUCGCCAAAGCCGAUACCCUCACCAUGGAGGAGCGUCUGGAGUUCAAGCAGCGGAUAAGACAAGACCUGCUGGCCAACGGCAUCCGCGUCUACCCACAGAGCGAGUACGACGAGGACACAGAGGACCGGAUACUCAACGACAAGAUCAGGGAAAAUAUUCCGUUCGCCGUGGUGGGAACAGACAAAGAGCACCAGGUGAACGGAAACAAGGUCCUGGGAAGGAAAACCAAGUGGGGAAUUAUAGAAGUUGAAAAUGUUGCACAUUGCGAGUUUGCCAACCUAAGAGAUCUACUGAUCAGGUCUCACCUGCAAGAUCUGAAGGACGUCACCCACAACAUCCACUAUGAGACCUACAGGGUAAGACGACUCAACGAGAGCAACGCCAACGGACUGGGCCUCUCCGCCCCGGGCCUGGAGAACGGUACCUCAGACAAGAGCGAGACCGAGAGCCACCUCUGAGUGGACACAGGGUGGACGGUGGCCGCUGGCCGCGGCGGCAGCAGGAUGGAGACGAAGAAAAGAUGAAGCGGGAUGAAGACAGAGAGAGAGAGAAAGUGAAAGAAAAGGAGGAGGAGGAGGAGGAGGAAGAGUUCUAUGCCGUCCCCUUCGCCUCCGUCGCUCUGCAGAUGGGACGAUCCGCCAUUUUGUGAGAAAAAGAAAAUGACAAAAAAAAAAUAUAAGUGGAGGAGUGAGGAUUGUUUUUUUUUCACCCCCGAAGAAGAGUGUGUGGAGUGCGUCUUCUUUGGACCAUAUAGAGAGGAGGAUCCCACCUUGACUAAAGACUUUAUUUUCUGCUAUGUAAGGCAUUUAAACACCAUAUUCAAAUGUAUUUUUGUGAGAUGGGUUUUGUGGUAACGGUCGGGCAGGCUGAUG